AUGCGGAAGAAGGCCCGUCUCCUUCCCUUCCAUUUACUGCCUUUAUGCUCGGACGUUCUUCUCCGGUCAAAGGCGGCUGAUUGUCCUGCAGCAUGGGGGAUUCUCCACGCUGCGUCUCAUGUGAUGCUGAUGCCACAAUUGCGGCAUGGCCCAGCUUUACCCUUGGACGGACGAAUACGAUGCGAGGAAAAGACCGAUGCGUUUCCCAACAGAGCAAGUACUUUCUUACGGGAGAGUAUCAGGCGCAUCUGCUCGUACCGUCUUACCUCGCCAUCAAUUCGGUUGACAGAAUUCGUGCACGACAACAUGCGGAAUUUUCGCUGGGCCGCGUUGCACAUCGUAUCCACUCUCGUUCAGAUCUUCGCCUACGUACACCAGCUUUUGAUCUCGUGCCCCUCGUCGCGACGUUUGCCUCCUCCCGGUUUGCUUAUACCGUGUCUCCAUUGUCCGACUUCCCGAAUCCGAAAACAUCCCACGGAAACUACGUCACAGCAACGACAUCGCCAAAAUCACAUCAGUAGUCGCUCUCGCUGUCCAUUUUGCUUCUGA